AUGGAGAAUCAGAUGGAUAACAAUUUUACUUGGGUGAUAAAAAAUUUCACCGAUUUACCAUCCAACAAAAUAUAUUCUGAUGAAUUUGUGGUUGGUGGCUGCAGAUGGCGUCUUCUGGCCUAUCCCAAAGGAAACAAUAAGCCUGAUCAUUUCUCUCUGUUUGUCGACGUUGUUGAUCCUGAAUUAUUGCCUCUUGGAUGGAGAAGACACGCUAAAGUUUUCCUUACAAUAGUAAAUCAAUAUUCCGAUAAACUGUCCCUAGUUAGAGAAGCAAAGCAACACUGGUUUGGUGAGAAUCUUUCUAACUGGGGGUUUCAAGAUAUGAUUACCCGUACCAAACUUCAUGCCGGAGAAGGAUUUAUGGUGAAUGGAGAAGUCAUAGUUGCUGUCAAUGUUAAAGUUCUUGAAGUUGAAGGUCAAUUAGAUGUGUCAGAAGAAACUUCACCAGCAAUGGAAACCACAUAUGUCAAUGGGUUUCAACUUCUUCCUUCACAGGUCCAAUCUGUGAACCGGUUGUUUGAAAGACACCAAGAUAUUGCAAAAGAAAUUCGUACGAAGAAUCCAUAUUUGAGGACGGGGUACAUGACUGUCCUCCUAAGCUUAACCGAGUCGCUGAGUCAGUCGCCUACGGAAAUCUCUAAGGGUGAUCUUGCAGAUCAAUAUGCUGCUCUUGCAUACUUGAAAGACGCGGGGUUCGAGUUGGGUUGGUUGGAGAAGAAACUUGAUGAAGUAAAGGAGAAGAAGGAGAAAGCAGAGGAUUGUUUGGCACGGCUUCAAGAAAUGGAGGAACAAAUCAACCCAUUGAAGAGGAAGUACACUGACAUGGAAGCUCAAAUAGAUAAGGUGAGAGCUGAGUUAUUGGCAGCUGGAGCUCCUGUCUCCUUGUACGAUGACAAAGCAGUCUGA